AAGCCACGCGUGCACAACUUCGACGACAAGCGGGCGGGCACCGAGGUGCAGGUGCUCAAGGAGCGUAUGACGGCAAGCGCUACGGGCUGGUACUGGGUCAGCUCGGAGCGCCAGUUCGCGGACGGCUUCACCAAACUGUCGGCGCGACAAUUGCUGGCAGACAGGCUGCGUAUUGGAACGAUCAGCCUGAAGUUCGACGAGAAGUUCCAGGCGGCGAAGAAGAUGACCGGCAAGGACCGACAGGAGGAGGCCAAGAGGUUCGCCACACCAAGGCCGAAGGCAAGUACAAUGACGGCGAUGGCGACCAUGGCAUCCCUGACGACGGCAGCCAGCAGCGAGGUGGAGAUCUACGAUGCCAAGGCGACGGCAGUGAUGGAGCUCGAGUGGAACAUGACCCCUCAGGUGGUGAUCAAGAUUCCCCUCGUCACGUUCAUCAAGGCAGUGUUGACGACCAUUAUGAUGAUCGUGGGCAUCCUCAUGGUGUGCUACCGGACCCACGACAAGUGGUCCGAGAAGGAGACCAGACCCCACCACUCAGAGCCAGAGCCUGAGCAGACGACAGAGAAGACGAAGUACAAGCGUGAGCAGAAGGUGAAGACCAGCAGCAUCAAGUUUCAC